UUUUAUAAGCCCAACACUACUCCGUCAAUAAUUCAAUCCAAAAGCAAAGCCAACAUCACGCACUCCGACCAUCACUUCUUUGUCGCCUUCGGUUAUAGAGUAGACCUGAUCAAAAAAAAAAAAAGAUUUUUAUUAAAAAGAUAAAAUCAACGUUCUGUCAAGCAAACAUAGUGAAAGAAACCAAAAUCAUGUGCUGUGAUGGAGAUUGCAGGCCACUGGGCUUCCUCCUGGGCCUUCCCUUUGCUUUUCUUUCUCUCAUCAUCUCCAUUGUUGGCGUUGUCGUUUGGAUCGUCGGGUUGUUGUUGACAUUGAUCUGUCCAUGUUGUUUGUGCGUGACGGUGAUAGUAGAGCUGGCGCUGGAGUUGGUCAAAGCUCCAAUUCAUGUGAUGGAAUGGUUCACUGAACAGAUCCCCUGUUAAUUGCUCUCUUAAGCUAUAUUGACUGCUGUGCUCCGUUUAAUUUUACAGUUUUUGUUUUUUUUUUUUUUGAAAUAUUAUGUACCAUAUAUUGCAAGCUUCACAUGAUUUCUGGAUCUCUUUGCAUCAGUUAUUUGAUUAUUGUUAAGGGUGAAAUUUAGGCGAAUUUUCAUUUCAGGAUUCUUGACUCUUGAUUAUAGGUGCUUUAGAUUGACAUGGGAUUUUGAUUUCUGGCUGAAUUAUGAGGAUUCCCUCUCCCUCUACCAUAUGAGAUCACCAAUAUUUCAUUUACUGCCUCUCACUUUUAAUUAGUGUUUCGUCGUGGGAAAUGUUGUAGAACCUUGUUUUUGUCUCUCUUUCUGCAAAAAGUGGAACAUAAAAAAAAAAAAAAGAUUGGUAAAGAAUUGUUUUGUGAAAACUCGGUGCUUGAUUACAGGGAAAGAGAAAGAAAAGUGGUGUAAGAUUAAACUAAAGCGUUGCUUACUUUCUGGGAAUUUCCCCUUCCUGAUUAAUAGUUUG